GACCCGUUUCCCCCCCUCCCUCCGCUCAUGGGGCGCCCGCGGCCGCCGCCGCAGCGGGGUCGCGGCGUUGGGCUGCCGCGCGGGGCUGCCUUGUUCUUCCUCCACCCUCUGAGGACGAGGUCCGCGACUGUCUGAGGCUGCCGAGGGCGUGCAGGGGGCGGAGUCGUGCCAGCGGAGGCACUGGCGACCGAGGCGACGGCAGUCUGGCCGAGGACGAUGCGUGGGUGCCCACCUCCCCAGCACGCGCAGAUGAUGACAACGUGGCGAGCAUCGUCGCCGUCGUGUUGGUGUUGUGUUGGGUGUACAUUGGCAGGUACAUGUACGAGUGCGUUUACCUGACAGGAGGUAUUAACGUCCCGGGCGGCUUCUGUGCAUGGGAGACGCGGUGGUGGUUGGAGAGUUUGGUGACCCAAAGUUCCGGCUGA